UUUUUUUUUUUUUUUUUUUUUUCCUUUCAGCUUUUACUGUGUGUGAUCUGUCUUAGCUUGUUCUCGUCCUGCCUCUUACUCUCUGAUUUCCUGCAUUUCACUUGUUCAAUAAUUGCUGAGUGUCUCGCUUUCCCUGUGUGGAUGCAAACCUGAGAUCAGACGCAUGUGUGCAUUUUAGGAUUUACGCUGGACGAUCUGGAAAGUUUUACUCACUGAAUAUAGUUUGUCUAUCUGGGUGCCUUCAAUUAGUCCAGGGUUCACCCGAUCCUUGUAGUUUCCCAGCAUGUAUAACCUGUGGCAGUCUCUGACGUGGCCCCGAGUCUGGGCUCUCCGAUCCUGCAAGCUUCCUCUAAGUGCUGCUCCUCUAUCCUUUGCCAGGUCUCUGUCUGGGACGCCGCUGGCUGAACGGGACGGAAACCUUGCUCGCAAGAUGUCUCAGAAUGGCACACCUAACCGCGUCCUGACGCUGGAUUCCAUGAAUCCCUGUAUUAAAAAGGUGGAAUAUGCUGUGCGUGGCCCCAUUGUCAUCCGUGCCGUGGAACUGGAGAAAGAGCUGGCACAGGGGGUCAAGAAGCCCUUUACCGAGGUCAUUAAAGCAAAUAUUGGAGACGCACAUGCAAUGGGUCAGAAACCGAUAACCUUCCUGCGUCAGGUCAGCGCUCUCUGUAUGUAUCCCGAGCUCCUAAACGACAACAAAUUCCCCGAAGAUGCGAAGCAGAAAGCUGUGCGUAUCCUGCAGGCAUGUGGAGGACAGAGCAUAGGGGCGUACAGCGCCAGUCAAGGGAUUGAAAUCAUUCGUCAGGAUGUGGCAAAGUAUAUUGAGAGGAGAGAUGGCGGCAUUCCUUCCAGCUCGGAUAAUAUCUAUCUGUCCACUGGGGCCAGUGACUCCAUCGUGACUAUGCUGAAGCUGCUGGUGUCUGGGGAGGGAGCCUCUCGCACGGGAGUCCUUAUUCCGAUCCCGCAGUACCCGCUUUACUCGGCAGCGCUCUCUGAGCUGGGCGCCGUGCAGGUGAAUUAUUACCUGGAUGAGGAGAAUUGCUGGGCUCUGGACAUCAAGGAGUUAAGGAGGGCACUGGAAGACGCCAGGAAGCACUGCAACCCAAAAGUGCUCUGUAUAAUUAACCCCGGCAAUCCCACAGGUCAGGUGCAGAGCAGGAAAUGUAUAGAAGAUGUGAUCCGAUUUGCUGCAGAGGAAAACCUUUUCCUGAUGGCUGAUGAGGUGUACCAAGAUAACGUCUACGCCAAGGGAUGUGCCUUCCAUUCAUUUAAGAAGGUGCUGUUUGAGAUGGGCCCGAAGUACUCUGACACAGUGGAGAUGGCCUCUUUCCAUUCCACCUCCAAAGGAUUCAUGGGCGAGUGCGGAUUUCGAGGAGGCUACAUGGAGGUUGUUAAUAUGGAUCCAGCUGUUAAGAGCCAACUGACCAAGCUGGUAUCUGUGCGUCUGUGCCCACCUGUUACUGGACAGACUGUACUGGACGUGGUCAUGAAUCCGCCACAGCCAGGAGAUCCUUCCUAUAAACAAUUCAUUGCGGAGAAACAGGCCGUGCUCCGUGCGCUGGCUGAGAAAGCCCACCUAACAGAGGAGACCCUGAACCAGGCGCCUGGGAUCCGCUGUAAUCCAGUCCAGGGUGCCAUGUAUUCCUUCCCCAGGAUCCAUAUCCCAGAGAGAGCCAUCCGGUUGGCCGAGGAGGAAGGCCAGGCCCCAGACAUGUUCUUCUGUAUGAAGCUGCUAGAGGAGACUGGGAUCUGUGUGGUCCCAGGGAGUGGAUUUGGGCAGCGCGAGGGAACCCACCACUUCAGAAUGACCAUCCUCCCACCCACCGAUAAACUGAAGAUUCUCCUGGAGCGUCUCAAGGAUUUCCACCAAAAAUUCACCAAGGAAUAUUCCUAGAUUAUUCUCCUGCAUCCUGCUGCCCUUCCUAAAACUAUUAUCCCCGCUCUGCGUCCUAUUGGUUUUCCUUUCAGCAUUGGGUGCUGAAGUGCUUUUUAAUGUGCCAUACUCGUAGGGAGUGUCCAUCGUGUGCCCGCUGUAGGUUGACAAUAGACACGUUCCCUGCAGAGGAAUGUACUCUUCAUUUUAGGAAUGGGCACCUAGGGUCCCUUGUCGCGAGCAGAUCAUUUAAUUUUCUCCGUGUGCGUCUGCUCGUGUUUAAUAAUGGAUGCUUAGAAAUAUAAUUAAAAUCCUGGUAGGCCUGUCUGUUCAGGUAAAUGGUGGCGCUAAGCGGAGAAAAGACAUUUGUAGCUUGUAUGCCAGAGCACUGGUUGCUGCCACCCUCCUGGCUAGUGCUUUAUAAGAGUCCUGCUGUUGGUCACAAUGUGCCUAAAUCUUAAGGAAAGGAGGGAUUCAUUCUUCACAAAUCAAGAUUUGCACAAUCACCGUUCUUGCUUCCUAAUCUCCUUGUGCCAAGAUGGGGUGCUUCUAACGCUGCCCUACUUUAGAAGAGGGUGUUU